AUGCACGGUAGCGCCGGGCACAGGCCGUGUGUCACCCACCCCCCAGAACUCUCCCCGCCUCUGUUCCCCCACCACCUGGACGAAGGUCUGCAUCACAGUGGCCCUCCCCGGAAAGGCGGCCCUCAGGAUGAACAAUGCAGCAAGAAGGCCUCGGUCUCUCUCCUGUGGCUGUUGAAGUCGUCGGGCAUCAUUGCAGACCGGCCCUGGCCGCGGGUCUCCCUCACCGUCCUCACCACGGCCAUCAUUCUGACCAUGGCCGUGUUCAACAUGUUUUUCCUGAGUGACCCAGAGGAAACGAUUCCUCCAACUGCCAAUACAUCCAACACAAGUCUUUCCGCCUUAAGUAAUCAGGCAGCGAUUCUGCGGGCACAAAAUCUGUUUUUCCUCCCGUACUUUAUCUACAGCUGCAUUCUGGGACUGAUUUCCUGCUCGGUUUUCCUGAGGGUGAACUACGAGUUGAAGAUGUUGAUCAUGAUGGUGGCAUUGGUGGGUUACAACACCAUCCUUCUGCACACUCACGCCCACGUCCUAGACGACUAUAGCCAGGUCUUAUUUGAGAGACAUUUCUUCUUGGCUACCCAACAGGCAGUUGAAGAGCCGUCUCUCAAUAACCAGAACUCCUGCUGCGGCUGUCGCCUCGAGCAUGCUUCCUGCCUGGAGCCCGGCCCUGUGACUCAGGGACCAUCCUCCUGCUCGUCGAGCUCUGACCACCUCCCCCCCCGGUUUGUUUCUGUUCAGGAGCCUGAGAGGCAGUACCUGCACCUUGGCACCAUGGUGGAGUUUGCCUUUGCCCUGGUGGCAAAACUGGACGCCAUCAACAAGCACUCCUUCAACGACUUCAAGCUGCGAGUGGGUAUUAACCAUGGACCUGUGAUAGCUGGUGUGAUUGGAGCUCAGAAGCCACAGUAUGAUAUCUGGGGCAACACCGUAAAUGUGGCCAGCAGGAUGGACAGCACUGGCGUACUGGACAAAAUACAGGUCACCGAGGAGACAAGCCUCAUCCUCCAGACCCUGGGGUACACGUGCACAUGUCGGGGAAUAAUCAACGUGAAAGGCAAGGGGGAGCUGAAGACUUACUUUGUAAACACAGAAAUGUCAAGGUCCCUUUCCCAGAGCAACUUGGCAUCCUGAAGAGCUGCCUUCAUUUUGGCAAGAAGACUGUAUUUUCGGAAGGUACAACGCACUUUCUGACUGCAACUUUUGUCCCUCGUUUUUGAUGUGUGUGCUCUGUUCUGUCCUAUGGAGCCUCUUCAGACUCGUUCCUGUGACCCUGGUGGCAUACCGUUUGGUGUCUGACGUGUGCCAAGAUCGUUCUGCCACUCGCACUGUGCUUACUCCGGAGCAGAAGGAAAAGGAGUGUGUGUAUAGGAGAGACGCGUUCAACGGACUCACAAAGACGACGGACGUGAAAUAAACAAAAAUUCUUAAGGCAAUAAAACUAGGGGGUGUAUAUUAUCUUCUGGUGCAUGUUCUUUUCUGGAAAAUAUGGUAGCUCGCCAACCGCAUCCGCUAGUCUGGUAUUAAAACACACAGUAUUUGUGAAUAAGUUGAUUUCUGUCACCCCACAUGGGAUUUGACUGUGUUUGCCCACGUGUCCCAUCGCCAGUGGCUGUCCACGGGCCCCAGCAGGAUCCGUGGUCCUGUCGCCUUGCUGUGUCAUGUCUCGUGCCAUCCAUCACCAGGAUUAGUUCUCACAGCCUAGACCCAGUUUUGUACCAAACGCGUCUGAUGUUUUGAUGCCAUUGUCUUUUGUAAGGUUGAUUCAUUAAAAGUUUUAUGUACUUUG